CUCUCUCUCAGAGCUCUCCUCAACGCCACCUUCUCUCUCUCUCUCCACAAAUCUUCGUCCUCUCUCCUCCGAGGUUUGUUGUUAGAGGAGUUUUGUCUCAAUACUUGCAGUUUCCUGUGGUGAGAAAUAUCUAUUUUCUUUAACACUCUUUUAAAUUAUAAUUUUAGACUAGCAGUAAAACAAAGAUAGAGGUAUAAGCCCCCAUUUGUUUCAGAUACUAUGUGAAUUAGUGCAUAUGUUGCCUUGCAAAAUCAGACCCAAAUCAAUGCCCACUCCAAAACUGCCAACGGGGCCUCUCAAAUACGCGCCAUUUCUAUUCAAACCGAAUCUCAAACCUUCCUCUCUUGUAGACCCCAUUAAGCUCUUGAAAAUAUCAGCUGAGACUAAAAACUUAAGACUAGGAAAGAUACUCCAUGCCUUGUUGAUCACAAGCAAUCAACCCUCCAAAAAUGGCCACCUGGUGUUCCAAACAAACUCAUUGAUCUAUUUCUAUGUUAAAUGUGAUGAAAUAUCUGUUGCCCGUCAACUGUUUGAUGAAAUGCCUGAAAGGAAUGUAGUUUCAUGGACUGCGUUGAUGUCAGGUUAUUUACAUAAUGGGUUAGCUUUGGAAGUUCUUAGACUAUAUAAGAAAAUGGUUUCGUUGGACGGUUUGUGUCCAAAUGAAUAUGUAUUUGCUAUUGUUAUUUCUUCUUGUUCUGAUAUUGGGAGGGUUGAAGAGGGCAAGCAAUGUCAUGGGUAUGUGCUGAAGUCUGGGUUGGUACUUCAUCAAUAUGUCAAGAAUGCACUGAUAUGCAUGUAUUCGAGGUGUUCAGAUGUGGAUGGUGCUAUGCGGGUUUUGAAUACAGUGCCUGGAUAUGAUGUUUUUUCUUACAAUUCAGUCAUCAAUAAACUUAUAGAACUGGAGUAUUUGAGGGAAGCUUUAGAAGUUUUGGAUAGGAUGAUGGCUGAGUGUGUGGUAUGGGAUAAUGUCACUUAUGUUGCCAUUUUUGGCCUCUGUGCUCGUCUUAAAGAUUUGAAGUUAGGUUUUCAAGUUCAUGGUCAAAUGUUGAAGAGUGACCUUGAAUGUGAUGUCUUUGUUAGUAGCACAAUGGUUGAUAUGUAUGGGAAAUGUGGUAAAAUUCUGUAUGCAAGGAAAGUUUUUGAUUGUUUGCGAAAUAGAAAUGUGGUCUCCUGGACGUCAAUCAUGGCUGCAUACCUCCAAAAUGGUUACUUUGAGGAAGCAUUAAAUCUAUUUCCAAAAAUGGAAAUUGAAGGCAUUAUGCCAAAUGAAUAUACUUUUGCUGUUUUGCUAAAAUCCAGUGCAGGUUUGUCUGCAUUAGGACUUGGAGAUCUAUUACAUGCCCGGGCUGAGAAAUCAGGUUUCAAGGAGCAUGUUAUUGUUGGGAAUGCUUUGGUAAUUAUGUAUUCCAAGACCGGCAACAUUAAAGAAGCAAAUAAGAUUUUCUCAGAUAUGAUAUUUCGAGAGACCAUUACCUGGAAUGCUAUGAUCUGUGGGUAUUCCCAUCAUGGGCUUGGUAAAGAAGCUCUAACUGUGUUUCAAGACAUGUUGGUAGCAGGUGUGUGUCCUAACUACGUAACUUUUGUUGGGGUACUAUCUGCUUGUGCACAUUCGUGUCUAGUGCAAGAAGGAUUCUAUUAUUUGAAUCAACUAAUGGAACAAAUGGGGAUUGAACCUGGAUUAGAGCACUAUACAUGUUUUGUUGGGCUUCUGAGCAGGGCUGGACUACUUGAUGAAGCUGAGAAUUUUAUGAGAUCUACACCAGUAAAGUGGGAUGUCAUUGCAUGGCGUACUUUGCUAAAUGCUUGUCAUGUCCAUCGGAAUUAUGGUAUAGGAAAACGGAUAGCAGAAACUGUCUUACAUAUGGAUCCUCAUGAUGAGGGAACAUAUAUACUGAUAUCAAAUAUGUAUGCCAAGGCAAGGAGAUGGGAUGGAGUCGUGAAGAUCCGAAAAUUGAUGAGAGAAAGAAAUGUCAAGAAAGAACCUGGGGUCAGCUGGUUAGAGAUAAGGAAUAUUACCCAUGUCUUUGUUUCAGAUGACAACAAACACCCAGAAUCUAGUCAGAUCUAUGAGAAGGUUGGGGAAUUGCUGGCCAAGAUUAAACCAUUAGGGUAUGUGCCAGAUAUUGCUGCAGUAUUGCAUGAUGUAGAGGAUGAGCAGAAAGAAGAUUAUCUUAGUUAUCACAGUGAGAAGUUGGCUAUAGCAUAUGGUCUCAUGAAAACACCUACAGGAGCCCCCAUCCGUGUAAUUAAGAACCUUAGGAUGUGUGAUGAUUGCCAUAGAGCUGUGAAACUAAUUUCAAAGGUCACAAACAGGUUGAUAAUUGUUAGGGAUGCAAACCGUUUUCAUCAUUUUCACGAUGGGAGCUGUUCUUGUGCAGAUUUUUGGUGAAACGUUGAUGACCUUUUUGUCAUAUGGAUGACUGGAGAAGCUAAUUGCAUGUUAUGGAACCUAGAGGAUAUUAGUUCCAUGUCCUCCCCCUACAUGCCAAAGAAUAUUGAUCACGGCCUGUGGGGCCCCAUGCCUCUGGGACCUUAUGUUGUGGAAAUCCAGUAUUGGCCGUUUAUGUUACCCUGAUUUUGAUGAUACAGCCUUGAGGCAAGGUCAAGCAAAAACAUUAAUUGAACACUGAACUAUAUGGUCAGCUUAACACUGGCCAUUAACACUGUGUUUCUGAGAGAUGUUUCAAAUUUGAGAUAAGAGUGAAAAAUUGAAGGGAAAAGAGGUGUGGUUUUAAGGAAAGGGCAGUGGAAAGCAGAGGAAGAUGUAAGUGCUGUUAAUCCUUUUAAAGAAGUAUGGCCCCAAGAGACUCAAGCUCCAUUUGAUCCAAAUGCCACUUGCAGAGACCAGAAAGCCGUGCUAUCUUCAUUGGGUAAACAGGCUUAGACCCAACUUAAAAAAAUUGGAAUCUUGUGUGAUUUGGACGUGGUUGACGGGGCCUGCAUAAAUUUGUAGCUUAGGUCUUCUUCAUUAAAGCAUUUGGGCUUAGGAAUUGUAUAGUUUGCUAGCCAUGA